GGACCCAGCCCACUAUUCACUCUUUCAGUACAGGCCUUAUCAUGUUUUCCUGGAUUGCGUUACUUUUCUGCCUUUACCUCCUAGACUGUGAGCUCAGGAAACAUUUGCUGAGUGCAUGAGUGACUGACUGAAUGAGCAUUCCUGGGAGGACCUUGGGAAAGGGACAAUUACCCCCCACACACACACCUUACAGAAGGAGAAACUGAAGUGCAGAGAAUAUGGUUGGCCAGCUUCAUAUGGCAUGAGCAAGCCCUGGGCUGGGCCUCCUGAGUGUGAGCCCAGUGCUCUGCCUACCGGCACAGUCAGCCCAGGACAUCGCUGAAUGGUGGACUGGGACAAGCGUGGGGAACAAUGCUGAGGCAGCUGAGGCAGUCUGGAGACCCCCGAUUCUAAUCCCAGCUGGCACUCUCAUUGGUGGUUUUCCUCUGGCCACAUCGCUUUAGCUCCCUGUAAGUGUUUUCCUCUCAGAAAUGGGAUAAUAAUCAAACCAAGCACAUCUCCUUAACACUUGGUAAACUAGACUGAAUUUUUUGCGGUCUGGAUUCAUGUCUGUUUUGCUGACAGCUGUGUCCAGGCACAAAGCACACUGCCUGGCACAGAGUAGGUGCUCCCGAAAUAUUUGAUGAAUAACAGGGAACAGAGCAAGUGGGAAUGUGCCCAGCCAUUACCACUGUCUGCUGAGAAAGCUUUCCUCCCACAGUUUCCCAAGGUGGCUCCUCACAGUUAAUGAACUCUAGAAGUCCAAUCUGAGCUCUGCCCUCACCCUUCACCCUCCCUCCAGGUGGGCAGGGCAAUCCUCCCCUGACUGACUGGGCUGGGAUGCUCAGGGGAGCUCAGCACAGUCAGGGACAGUCAGGCAGAGUCAGCGAUCCAGCAGCCCCUGCACCAUGAGUGUCUCUGUGCUGAGCAUCACCGGACCCCUGGGCGGUAUCUCUGGGCUCCUGCAAGGGGCCUCCCUGCUAGGGCUGGCUCUGCUGCUGCUCAAGGCAGCACAGCUCUACCUGCGCAGGCAGUGGCUGCUCAAAGCAGUCCAGGAGUUCCCAUCCCCCCCCUCCCACUGGCUCUUCGGGCACAAGCUGGAGCUCCAAAAUGGUCAGGAGCUACAAGAGCUUCAGAAAAGGGCAGAGAAAUAUCCAUGUGCCAGUCCUCGCUGGCUAUGGGGAAGCAAGGUUAGCCUCAUAGUCUAUGACCCGGACUACAUGAAGGUGAUCCUGGGGCGAUCAGACCCAAAGUCUGAUGGUUCCUACAGAUUCAUGGCUCCCUGUAUAGGGUAUGGUUUGCUCCUGUUGAAUGGGCAGGCGUGGUUCCAGCACAGGCGGAUGCUGACCCCAGCCUUCCACUAUGACAUCCUGAAGCCCUACGUGGGACUCAUGGCCGAUUCUGUCCGAGUGAUGCUGGACAAAUGGGAGGAGCUCCUCAGCCAGAACUCACCUCUGGAGAUCUUUGGACACAUCUCCUCGAUGACGUUGGACACCCUUAUGAAGUGUGCCUUCAGCUACCAGGGCAACCACCAGGCAGACAGGUACUUCCAAUCCUACCUUCAGGCCAUUCGGGACCUGAACAACCUGGUGCUUUCCCGGAUAAGGAAUGCUUUCUACCAGAAAGACUUCAUCUACAGGCUGACCCCUGAGGGCCGCUGGAACCACCGGGCCUGCCAGCUUGCCCAUCAACACACAGACCAAGUGAUCAAGCUGAGGAAGGCUCAGCUGCAGGAGGAGGGAGAGCUCGAGAAGGUCAGGAGCAAGAGGCACCUGGACUUUCUGGACAUCCUCCUCUUUGCCCAAAGGGAGAACGGGAACAGCUUGUCUGACAAGGACCUCCAUGCGGAAGUGGACACCUUCAUGUUUGAGGGCCAUGACACCACAGCCAGCGGCAUCUCCUGGAUCCUCUAUGCUCUGGCCACACACCCCGAGCAUCAGCAGAGGUGCCGGGAGGAG